AUGGCCCACAGGGGUUGUGUGAUCUUUGUUGGCAACCUGCCAGGCGACGUGCGUGAAAGAGAGAUCGAGGACCUCUUUUACAAGUAUGGCCGCAUCCGGAAUAUUGACCUGAAGUUACCACCCAGACCGCCUGCUUUCGCUUUCGUGGAGUUCGAAAAGCCAAGCCAUGCUGAGGACGCAGUGAAGGGGCGAGACGGCUAUGUCUUUGACAACAACCCCAUCCGCGUGGAGCUGUCCAGGGGUGGCAUGGGCGGCAGAAGCGGUGGUGAUAAGACCUCGGGUGCUCCUCCUAGAGACAGGGAUGAACCGCGCGGCGGCGGCGGCGGCGCCACCUUCGGCAGAGCUGCGCCGCCCCCGGUGCCCUCCAACUUCCGCCAGAAGGGCAGCGCCUACCGCGCCACUGUGAAGAACCUCCCUAUGUCCGCCUCCUGGCAGGACCUCAAGGACCACUUCCGCAAGGUGUGCACGCCCAACUACGUUAACGUGUUCCGCGACCGCGGCGGCGUGCUGGGAGUGGUGGAGUUUGACACGCCGGAGGACCUGGCGCGCGCCAUCCGCAAGCUGGACGACACCGAGUUCCGCAACCCCUUCGAGCGCGCCUACAUCCGCGUCGUUGACGACUCCGACGACAAACGCAACCAUGGCAAACGCUCCCGCUCCCGCUCGCGCUCCAGGCGCGCCCCAGCACUGCUGAACUUAUCUCUCCUUCAGGAUGUGCAAUGGGACUCGCGCAGCUACUCGCGCAGCCGUUCGCGCAGCGGCAGCGAUAGCCGCUCGCGCAGCCGCUCUCGCUCGUCCAGCCGCAGCAAGUCAAGCCGGUCUCCCAGCAAGUCGCGCAGCCGCUCCGUGUCGGCCCGCUCCGACCGCUCGGACAAGAAGGCGGAUGACAAGAAGGCGGAUGACGGCGAGAAGGAGGCCGAAGUCAACGGCGCCGAUGACAAAGCGGACGAGCCUUCCCCCAUGGACGACGACAAGGCCGACAGCCCCGCGGCCGCCAAUGGCGCAGGCCACAAGGACGAGGCCGAUGACUGA